CAGAAAGAGGGAGACGGCUGUCAGCAUCGAUAUGUAUGGUUUCGUAAAUCACGCUUUGGAAUUAUUAAUACAGCGCAAUUAUGGACCUUUGGUGUGGGAAAAUAUCAAAAAAGAAGCACAGGUGGACGUAGAAGGACAAUUUCUGGUACGGAUUAUAUAUGAUGAUUCUAAAACAUAUGAUUUAAUCAGUGCAGCAAGCAAAGUCCUAAAAAUCAAUGCUGGUGAAAUUCUGCAGAUGUUUGGGAAGAUGUUUUUUGAAUUCUGCCAAGAAUCUGGCUAUGAUACAAUCCUUCGAGUUCUGGGCUCCAAUGUCCGAGAGUUUUUGCAGAAUCUAGAUGCUUUACAUGAUCAUCUGGCUACCAUUUACCCAGGGAUGCGUGCCCCAUCAUUUCGAUGUACAGAUGCAGAUAAAGGGAAAGGUCUCCUUUUACAUUAUUAUUCCGAAAGGGAAGGUUUGCAGGAUAUUGUAAUUGGAAUAAUCAAGACAGUUUCACAGCAGCUUCAUGGCACUGAAAUAGACAUGAAGGUGAUCCAGCAGAAAAGUGAAGAGUGUGAUCACAUUCAAUUUUUGAUUGAGCAAAAAGAUUCCGAAGAAGAGGCUUUUUCUGAAGAUCUGGAUAGGUUUGAGGAGAAUAGUACCCAAGAAUCCAGAAUCAGUCCAUUCACCUUCUCCAAAGCAUUUCCUUUUCACAUCAUGUUUGAUAGAAAAUUUAUGAUAACACAGUCUGGGAAUGCAAUAUACCGUGUACUUCCACAGCUUCAGCCUGGAAAUUGUAACCUGCUGUCAGUUUUCUCUUUGGUUCGGCCGCAUAUUGACUUCUCUUUUCAUGGAAUCCUCUCGCACAUUAACACAGUUUUUGUGUUAAGAAGUAAGGAAGAUUUGCUCAAUGUAGAAAAGGCAGAAUCUUACAACGAUCUGACGGGUGCUGAGAUCUGCUGUUUACGUUUGAAGGGGCAGAUGAUCUAUUUACCUGAAGCUGAUAAUAUACUUUUCCUGUGUUCUCCCAGUGUAAUGAAUUUGGAUGACCUGACAAGGAGAGGCCUUUACCUCAGUGACAUCCCGAUACAUGAUGCUACACGUGAUCUUGUUCUGCUAGGUGAGCAGUUCAGAGAAGAGUACAAACUUACACAGGAACUAGAAAUCUUGACUGAUCGCCUGCAACAUACACUGCGAGAACUGGAAGAUGAAAAGAAGAAGACAGACAGAUUACUGUAUUCAGUACUUCCCCAUUCUGUUGCCAAUGAGCUAAGACACAAGCGCCCUGUUCCUGCUAAACGGUAUGACAACGUAACCAUCCUUUUUAGUGGAAUUGUUGGAUUCAAUUCUUUCUGCAGUAAACAUGCCUCAACUGAGGGAGCUAUGAAAAUUGUAAAUCUCCUCAAUGACCUUUAUACAAAAUUUGACAUCCUCACUGAUUCACGCAAAAACCCUUACGUGUUUAAGGUGGAGACUGUUGGUGAUAAGUACAUGACUGUGAGUGGCCUGCCAGAGCCAUGUGUCCAUCAUGCUCGUUCCAUAUGUCACCUGGCAUUAGACAUGAUGGAAAUCGCAGGACAGGUGAAGAUUGAUGGAGAACCCGUGCAGAUCACCAUUGGCAUUCACACUGGGGAAGUUGUCACUGGUGUAAUAGGCCAGAGGAUGCCUCGCUAUUGUUUGUUUGGAAAUACUGUUAACCUAACGAGCAGGACAGAAACCACUGGAGAAAAAGGGAGAAUCAAUGUCUCAGAGUAUACAUACAGAUGCCUUAUGAGUGUUGAGAACUCAGAUGAGCAGUUUCAACUGGAGUACAGAGAUCUGGUUAGCAUGAAGGGUAAGAAAGAACCGAUGAAAGUUUGGUUCCUGUCCAGAAAACGCAAAGAGACUGAAAUAUGAUUCAUCAAAGAACAAUUUAUAAUUAUGAACAUAAACAGUGGAAAAAUCAUUCAUUUGAUGAAUAGUGAAGCAUUAACUUUCACAGCAGUAAAAUGAAACAUUUAUUAGUUUAAAGGGCAUUUUAUAUGAACUUUGACAAGUAGCAAAGUUGUUUAAUCACAAGAUUGUUUCUAGUCUUUCUUCAUUAAAUAAACAAAUACUAGCGAGCACUUCUUCGUUUAUUUUGAAAACAAAGAUUUGCAGAUUGUGCCAAAUCUGACAACAUUUACU